CCUAAAUAUUGGGCAGCAAAAGCAAAAAGAAGGAACAAAUUCGGAGUUUUUGGGUAUCAAAAAUAAAAUAAUGGCAGAAAUAAAAAAGCCAAUGAGAAAGCAAGAAUAGAGCUGUUUCAUGAAUUCAAGAGGAAUAAACAUUUCGCAUACCCACUGGUUUCUUAAUAUCUUUACAAAUUACAAUCCCUUGGCGAAUUGUUCAAGCUAGAAUCUGCCGAUCUUUGUUCCUUGUUAUUCAGCCUCAUUUGAAGCACUCUUUUGUUCUUUCACAUUCAUAUAUCAUCUCUUGAGCAUAACACCCAAGUUUAUCAUUUUUUGAAUCCACAGUCAAGCUCUGUAACUAAAAGAUCACACAACUCAUACAAUUAAAGGGAGUUCAAAAAGAACAUCAUCUAUGGAGUUUGGCUUUUCUAAAGAUCACAUAUAUGAACAACAUUUUCUCAAAUAAGCAAAUCACAAGUUUCCAAAUAUAGGUGUCAUGGAGAUAUCACUUCUGAAAGUCCUUCUCAAAAACAUCUCUACUUUCUUUCAUCUUCCAUCCCAUGAAAACAGAAAUUCAGAAAUUGUUGGAAAAUACUACCAAAAGAUUGAAGAAAUACUCAAAUUAAAUAAACCAGUACUUGAAUCAAUCACUGAUUCAGAAAUCUCUUCCAAUGAAUCUCUCCAAAAAGAAUUUGCAGGAUUGAAUCAAUCCAUUGAUGAACUCAGAGAGCUUCUUGAAGAUUGCCACCCGUUGAUGAGCAAAGUUUACUUUGUUAUGCAAAUCGAAUCAUUAUUUGCAAAGAUUCGUUCUCAAAGCUUACAGCUUUUUGAGCUUCUGCAAUCUUCUAAUGAUCUUCCUGAUGAAUUAAGUUCAUCAUCACUCGAGCAUUGCAUACAGAAAAUCAAACACAUGGGUCAUGAAAAAUCAUCAUCAAUCCUUUCAAAAGCAAUAAGAGAUCAAACAGAUGGAUCUGGACCUAGUGUUGACUCGAGGUCAAAAAUUGCUGACUUUCUUAACCUAAAGUCAAACCAAGAACUUUUAAUCGAAGCUGUUGCCCUUGAAAAACUAAAGGAAAACGCAGAACAAGCAGAAAAGAUUGGAGAUUUAGAAGUUAUUGAAGAAAUGAUUAAUCUUGUUACACAUAUGAUCGAUUGUUUAAUCGAAUCAAAACAAUCAGAAUCUUCAAACCCUGUUCCAAUUCCACCUGAUUUCUGUUGCCCUUUAUCACUUGAAUUGAUGACAGAUCCUGUAAUUGUAGCUUCUGGACAGACAUAUGAGCGGGGGUAUAUUCGUAAAUGGCUUGAUCUUGGCCUCACUGUGUGCCCUAAAACCAUGCAAACCCUAGCCCACACUAAUCUCAUCCCUAAUUACACCGUGAAAGCCCUAAUCGCAAACUGGUGCGAGUCAAACAAUGUCAAACUCCCUGACCGGUUAACACCCGUAGGGGUAAUUUCGUCUUUUCACGAACCCAAUUCUCCCGUCCACCACCACCAUGUCCAAACGCCCUCCGUCGAUUCCUUACCGGAAAACACACCGGAAUCCGGCGACCAAGGUGAAAACUCAACGGUUUCGAAUACAAACGAGUCUCAGGCGGAUGAGGUGGUGGUGCCGCCGGAGGUGGCGGUGGAAGUGGCGGCUCAGCCUGCUGCCACCGCCACACCGCGGCGGGAACACGAAUACUCGCCGCGGUUCGAACCGAGGCCAAGAAACCAACUAUGGCGGAGACCGUCGGAUCGGUUCGGCCCGCGGAUCGUGUCGUCUCCAACCACGGAGACGCGACCGGAUUUAACCGCGGUUGAAACCCAAGUCAAGAAAUUGGUCAACGAGUUGACCGACACGUCGAUCGAUGUGGUUAGAAACACAACUGGUGAGUUAAGAUUACUCGCGAGACACAACAUGGAUAACCGCAUCGUGAUCGCAAACUGUGGCGCGAUAAAUUUACUAAUCGGUCUUCUAAAGUCAACGGACGAAAAAGUCCAAGAAAAUUCCGUAACUGCCCUUUUGAAUUUAUCGAUAAAUGACAACAACAAAACCGCGAUUGCAAACGCGGAUGCGAUCGAACCGUUGAUUCACGUGCUCGAGACCGGGAGCUCGGAAGCGAAAGAAAACUCGGCCGCCACGCUUUUUAGUCUUUCGGUGAUUGAAGACAACAAAAUAAGAAUCGGGCGGUCGGGGGCGAUUCGUCCGCUUGUGGAUUUAUUAGGGAACGGGACACCGAGGGGUAAAAAGGAUGCAGCGACUGCUUUAUUUAAUUUAUCGAUUUUUCACGAAAAUAAAGCGAGAAUCGUCCAGGCUGGCGCGGUGAAGUAUCUUGUGGAGUUAAUGGACCCCGCGGCGGGGAUGGUGGAUAAGGCGGUUGCGGUGUUGUCGAAUCUUGCGACGAUUCCGGAAGGUCGGACGGCGAUUGGGCAGGAGGGCGGGAUACCGGUUUUGGUUGAGGUUGUUGAGUUGGGGUCCGCGAGAGGGAAGGAGAAUGCGGCGGCGGCGCUUUUGCAGUUGUGUACGAAUAGCAGUCGGUUUUGUAAUAUGGUGUUGCAAGAGGGGGCGGUCCCGCCAUUGGUUGCUUUGUCACAGUCGGGGACCCCACGUGCUAAGGAAAAGGCUCAAUCGCUGCUAAGCUACUUUAGGAACCAACGACAUGGGAAUGGUGGGAGGGGGUGAGGGUGAUGGUUUUUGAGGUAAGAUAUGUAUACAAUUGUAUAUCUAAUGUUGCAAAUAAUGCAUAUGGAGGUUGUGUUGAUUUGUGACAAAAAGAGAGGACAUAGAAAUGAUUUGUGGAGGGGAGUUUGAGUUUGAUUGAGUCCUCUCGAUGAAUAACUUUGUGGUUAAAUUUGCAGCCUAAUUUAGUAGUGUGAGUUUGUUUGUCAGAAGAAUAUAACUCAUAUUUUCCUUAUGAAAAAUCUUAGAUGCUUCUUCUUUUUGUUGUUAUAUAUAUAAUAUAUGUUUUCAAGUGUA